AAUAUGGCUGCCAAAAAUAUUCGCUGCACAGUGCACAUUAAUAAAAUAUUGUGCAUUCUGAUUUAAACGAAUGUAUGAAACUCUUGUAGUGCACGACACAACAAAGCUGCCUGUAUUCUGCAAAAAUCUGCAAUGAUAUAAUUUCGGUUGAUAUGGAUUUUGAACAAUUUAGUAACGUUCGAUUUCUUGUUGUAUGGAUGAUACUUCUGCCAAGUACGUCCGGGCAGCAUCGGCAGAUAUUCGAUCGCGAGGGUUUUAAUUAUAACAAGAAAUCAAAUGUGAAUACACCACGGUUUAGUUCUUCAAAGUAUGCGAGAAUUCUUCCUGACACACAGAAACAGAAGGACAUUGUCAGACGAAAAAGGAGAUCUGCGCAUGAAUCUUUUAAUGAUCCAGGAUUGAAAAAUCAGAAAUAUUUGAUUGGAGGAAUCAUCGCUGAUCACAAUGUUGACGAUGUUUGGAAAAAGUAUAAUGGAAAAGGUAUAACUGUAGCGGUUGUUGAUGAUGGAUUAAAGUUUACACACGAGGAGUUUAAAGGUCGCUAUCUUCCUGAAUUAAGUCAUGACUAUAUUGAUCACGAUACGGUUCCUACGCCAGUUGAAGGCCAUGGUACAAAUUGUGCUGGUGUAAUUGCUGGUGCUGCAAACAAUAGUAUAUGUGGUGUUGGUGUGGCAUACGAAGCUAAUAUUGCAGGUAUUCGAUUGACGCACAAUGUUCUACCUAAUGACACCGAUUCAGCAAAGGCGUUUUAUCCAUUCGACGGCCAUAAAAUUGAUAUUUUCUCCAACAGCUGGGGUCCACCCGAUACUGGUUUCGUUGUGGCCGGCCCUGGACCACUGACUGUGCGGGCAUUACAAGAUGGAACAAGCAAGGGUCGAGGAGGACUGGGUUCGAUUUAUGUUUUUUCUGCUGGAAAUGGUGCGUUCUUUGGAGACAGUUGCUCUUAUAAUGGGUUUGUCAACAGCAUCUACACCAUCCCGGUUGCCGCGGUAGAUCAAAAUGGAAAACCUCAACCAAGUUCUGAGAUAUGCACUGCUGUUAUGACUUCCGCCUAUUCUUAUAACCUGGAAACAGCAGCAAUUGCGAGCAAUUCUGCAUGCGCUUCAACAUUUGGUGCAACAUCAGCUGCUACUGCACUGGUAUCAGGAAUGAUAGCCUUAGCAUUGCAGGCCAGAAACUCCCUAACAUGGCGUGAUAUACAGCACCUAAUAGUAAGAGCCAGUAGGCGGGAUAUCAUUGACAAAAGUGUAAAAUGGACUGUUAAUAAAGCAGGAAUUCCAGUAAGCAACCAAGUUGGGUUUGGAUUUCUGGAUGCUUCACUGCUUGUUAAGAAUGCUGAAAAUAUCAAUACGACAUUGCCACCGCAGAAGAGAUGCGAAAUUGUACUUGGAUCUAAACCAUUGAGUGAGAGCGAGAAAAUUAUAUCAUUUGACGUUGAAAUUGACGAAGAUCAAUGCGAUAUCAAAUAUCUGGAACAUGUUGUGGCUAGAUUUGACUUGGAGUAUUUCAAACGUGGCGUGAUAGGUGCUAAUAUUACUUCACCGGAAAAGACGGUGUCCCAAGUACUUUUUUCUCGAGGACUGGAUGCUUAUGCUGGUGAAAAGCGAUACAAAAAUUUAAAAACAGUUAGCGUACACUUCUGGGGUGAACCAUCGUACGGAAAAUGGACUGUUUCUCUUAAAAAUGAACGCCCUUUACAUGGAACUGGCAGUGGUACGCUGCACGGAUUUUCUCUAAUUUUAUAUGGCACUGAAUCUGAACCAUUUGCUGGAAUUGCGAAGCCAGAUAUUAAUUAUUGUGCGACGAACACAUGUCGUAAUGGCGCAACCUGUUUUAAUAAAACAAAUUCAUAUGAAUGCAGCUGUAAAACUGGAUUUACAGGAGUAAACUGUGAAAAACAUAUUAAUUAUUGUGCGACGAACAUAAGCUUAUGUCGUAAUGGCGCCACCUGUGUUAAUAAAGUAAAUUCAUAUGAAUGCAGCUGUAAAACUGGUUUCACAGGAGUGAACUGUGAAAAACAUAUUAAUUAUUGUGCGAAGAACACAUGUCGUAAUGGCGCAACCUGUUUUAAUAAAAUAAAUUCAUAUGAAUGCAGCUGUAAAACUGGAUUUACAGGAGUAAACUGUGAAAAACGGAUUAAUAAUUGUAAAACGAACCCAUGUCGUAAUGGUGGAACGUGUGUUAAUAAAGAAAAUUCGUAUGAAUGCAGGUGUAAAACUGGGUUUACAGGAGUCCAAUGUCAGAACGAAAUUGAGAAAAUUGAGAAAAUUACGGCAGUAAUGAUUGUUGUUAUCGUUGUGUGUAGUGUCGUGUUUAUCAUUUUGCUGGUUUUAAUCAUCCUUGGUGCGAAAAAGAUGUAUGAAAGACGUACACGUGACCAAGUUAGCAGAAGCGCCGAAUGCAACGUUCCGUUAAAUAAAGUGACCGUUUGAAAUAACGACGCGAUUCCGGGCGAUACCUACGGCCAUGGAGAAUCAAUUGAGGCUAUGGGAAGGACUUAGCUACAACAAACAUAUAAUGUGUCUCUAUUCAACUAGUCCUCGUUGCAUGCAUGGUUAAUCCUUUUAACCUGGGACCACUACAUUUUAACACUGACCAAGGUUUUUAACAGUUGUUUCCCUUGAAAUUUGUAAAUUUUUGAAAUGAUUUUGACGAGACAAAGCGGUUUUAUUUUCUUAUUGGGCAGCAAACGAAUAUAUUUAUUUGGAAAUAAACAUUUGAGACUGCAUGCAUUCAGUUGUAAAAAACAAAAAAAGUCAAUUGGACAAAAAACUAACCUUAACGCCUGUAUAUUCUAAAAGCUCCCUCGCACUCAAAGACUUUGAGUGAGAGGACCUGCAUGACGAUAUUUCUGACAGUGUUUCGCUAUAGCUCUUUCCACUGAUUAAGCAAGAACUUUUUUCACUGCAUGAUCAGUAAUAACGAAAUUUCUAUGCCACACUCAAUGAGUGUAGUGUGAGACUGUGAGUGAGCUUUCUGAAUACUGCCCUAAAACUCUACAAGCUUAUAAUAGAUGGAGAAACCAAUGCCUAUUGACAAUCGGGAAUUAUGACAGUCUGCGUUUGAGAAAUCAUUAUAUUUCUCAAACCGUAUAUCAACCACUGCUAAAUUAGAAGGUAAAAAUCUAGCCUAGCUUUUAAGUCCAUUCAAGGAUAUCUUUCCAAUUUUAACGAAUUUGUGCCUGUAUCAAAGCAUUCGUCUUUCCGCACUUUAGUUAUUGUUCUUACACAUCGCAAAAUUGUUUAAAGGCGAACAGCGAAAAAUUGGAAAUAUGUCUACAUGUAAGAACUUUAGCAGGAAUUAUCAACAUUUGGCUGGUAGUAACGGGGGCACCGUUUUAAAUAUUUAAGGCGUUACAUAAGUUAACACGUUUGUAUAUUCUGAACUUGUUUAAGUUGAGGGACAAUAUUAGGAAUUUAAUGUUAAUAAUUUAUGAUUAGUAUGUAUUUAGUACUUAAUGUUAGUAAAAUAUUGUAUAUUUUAGCUAAGUCAUAUAUAAUAUGUUAUAUAGAUAGAUAGUUGUUAUAGAUGUUAUAGAUAGUUUAAUAAUUCACACACAUUGCAGUUACAUAGGACUGAAUUACGUGGUGAUUACAGGUGAGCGUAAGCUAAAAAUUAUGUUUAUAUUUACAAUAAAUGAGCUAGUAUAUAGCUAUAAAAA